AUGGAUGGAAAUCUCCUCCAAGAGCUGGAUCGUGAUUUUGCUGCAUUGCUUUUGAAUGGAGCCGUUUCCCUAGAUGCUGCUUCUCCUACGAGCACUCUCGUAACGGCAACUUCGGCGAAUGCUGUCUCGCCCACCCCUGCCCCUACUGCUCUUCCGAGAACUAGUGGCUCAUCAGCGGCGACCCCUGAAAAGCGUCCAAGUCUAACGCAGCACGUGAAGUUCAUGGAUGAUUACUUCGCAAUGGGUAACCGGGAUAAUUCCAUGACGCGCAAGGCGCAUGCGAGGGACAGGAAGAGCGUCUGUGGCCGCUGCUCGGAAGACUGUCAGCGCACCCACUGGUGCGCCGGGCACAAGGCGGACUGCGCCUCCUUUGCGCAGCCCCCGCUCGCGAAGACGUUCGAUCCGUCAAACCGUUCGGACGUGCCAUGGCCCGUCGACCCAAUCUUCGCCUCCGCAAACAGGAACGGCGUGGGCGUAUGGAUGUCCGUGGCGGGGGAUAUAGCGCACAUAAUGGACCCUCCGUAUGCACCUCCAGAGGGAUAUGUAUCUGAGCCCCUCAACUCCGGGCCGCCGUCGUGGGCGCGCUGGGCGGGGCUCGACGACCCCUCACGGCUGGUGCCAGGGCCGAGCCUGCACAAGUACUUUGGCGGCUGCCUCGCCAAUUUUCGGUUCGUCGUGCAGAACAGGCGCAAGGACGGGCAGGCGAUGGCGAUCAUCGGCGGCGACAUCAUGCUCACCGUCAACUCCGUGCUGAAGGAGGGCCUCCUCCCCGAGGACCUUGCGCACGUCCGCUUCGAGAGGAUCGACGAGGACAAGGUGGCGAUGCACGUCUUCCCGUGGAUAGACUAUACCGGGCGGACACGCGCUGCGAUUGUCGAGAUCAACGGCGUCGCCGCCCCCAAAGGCGACUUUAGCGCGGAGGGAGGCGAGUACCGGCCUCCAGAACGGCCGUCGGGCAAGCCUUGGGAUCGCGUCCUCGAUUGGGACAGGGCCGAAGUCAUCCUCGCACCAGGCGAUUUCGCCAUAAUUUGCGCGCAAUUCCGCCUUGGCGACGCGCACGCGUUCAGGAGCUACCCCCGCGUCCUGCACACGACCCUCGGGGCUGGCAUCCCGUGCAUUAAGAUGGGCGUCCGCGACGUCAACCGUACCGCGUCCGAGCUUCGCUCGGAUCUGUAUAGCAACUUCACGCCUCCUCUUGAUCCCGACGGCAACGUGUUCAUGCUGCAGGCAGGAACGGAUAUCAAGUAUAUUUGGGAAUAUUUCGAGCCGCUUCGGGGGCCAAACCCGGACGACUUCCUUCCCAAGCGCAUCGGAAAGCGGGCGACACAGCGCGAGGAAAGUAUGAAGAGGAUUUAUCCUGCGAAAUCACGAAGCGCUGUACUCGACAUGGAUCCAGAGCUCGCGAGUGCACUCCAAAAUGAGUUCGCCAGGCUGAUUCUGGAGACGCACUUCUCGUCAGACCUUUCUGACAAUGCAAGCGGCGUACCGAUGCCCGAAGCCUCGUCGUCCUCUUCCAGGGGGACGAGACCAUCAACAGAGUCUGGAGCAACGCAAAGGGGUAGGCGCAAGACAGCAGCUGCACGCGCACGAGCCCACGAUAACGAGAUGUGGGGCAUCUACCACGAACCCGUCGCGGGGGUCGUCGCCGAUGAGAACGCGGCGCGAAAGGCACACAAGAGGGACGCGAAGGAGAAUUGUGGCCGAUGCGGCAAGGAGAAGGCCGCGGGGACGCGUCUGCAGACGUGCUCGCGCUGCAAGUAUGUGAUCGGUCGCGUUGGCGAGGAACUCAUUGCUGACAUUCCUCCUUCCCCUCAGGUCGAUCAAUCAGUGAGGAAGUCUUUCAAUGGCCGUGAGCACUGGCGGCACGGGCACAAGGUCGAGUGCACGGCUUUCGUGCAUCCCCCGCUAGCCAAGACGUUCGACUCUGCACAGCGCCCCGACGUGCCAUGGCCCAUCGAUCCUAUCUUCGCUCGUGUCAAAGAGAACGGGCUUGGUGUGUGGGUGACCGCUUCGCCGCUCAUGGGUCAUACAAUGCAGCCCGCCUACGUCCCCGCAGACGGCGAGUAUACCAAGACCAUCCCUCCCCCGUCCUUCUUGCGAUGGAUACAACAGGAGACCGCGAGUCCCAUGGAACUUCUCACCGGCGCGCUCAAGAAGUUCUCCGGGCCGACGCUCGUCACACUCCGUAUCAUGGUCCAAAAUCGGCGCACGGACGGACGCAUCUUCGCGGUCUUCGGGGAGCAGACGAGGUUUUCGCUAGCGUGCGACGAAUUGAAGGAAUACGUGCUGCCAGAGGAGCGCGACCGAUGCAGCUAUCAGACAUUGCACGGUAUCGACCUCAUGUGGUUCCCGCCAUGGCAAGAUUACAACGACCGGACACGCGUCGCGCUCCUCGAGAUCAAUGGCGUUGAAGCGCCGCGGGGUACUGUCGGCCCCGACCUCGAAUAUCAGCCCCCCGAGAAACCGACGGGAGCGCCCUGGAACCGGGUCGUCGACUGGAAGCGCGCGUGCGUGGCGCUCGCGCCCGGCGAUUUUGCGGUGUACAGCGCGCAGUACCGCAUCGGCGACGGAGUGACGCUCACCGACCUGCCGCAGGCGCUUACACGCGCGGCGUGCGUCGGUCCGCUCACCUACAUCAGCCGCAACGUCACAGACAAAGAGCCAGACUGGGCGGAGCUGGUCGAGACAGAGGUCAGCAUCAUCGCCGGGUGGCCUUUGCCCCCGCCCGGGAUGACGCCCGUGCUCGCGGAGGUGGACAUCCCGUACGUGGACAAGUACUACGAGCCGUACUACGAGCUGGGACCAGACGCGUUCCUGGUGCAGCGCUACGGGAUGCGCGCGAAGCGGCUGAUGGAGGACCUGCUCAAGGCCGCGCCGGAGGAGGUGCGCCAGGCUUCUGCGUUCUAUACACCGCCAGCCGCGACAUCUAGCCCCUUGACUCAGGCGCCCAAGCAGCCAGCUGCAUCUCCCGAACGGUCACCAGCCUCAUCUGUGCCGGUCGUGCCCUCCAAUCAGCCAGCUGCGUCUUCCAAGCCACCAGCCCCUUCGCCGACCCCCUCUGCCGCACUUUCCGAGCGAUCUGCGAAGCUCGCCGACCGUGUCGAUUUGCAGGACAGCUCACCGUUGAUCCUCGGAUUCCCAUACAAGAGCACGUCGCCUGCCGAGGAAACUCAGUCGGACCCUGAAGCCGACUCGGACGUCGAAGCAUGCGAAGCUGGUUCGGACUCUGAAAACAGUCCGGACUCUGAGGGCGAAGGCGAUCCGGAUUCUGAAGACAACCGCCGUGGUUGCUGUAUCGCGUAG